AUGGCACCACCAGUCGCUGUUAUGCUUGCUAAAGCAGCGAUUGUCGAACCGUAUGCACGCCGUGAUAAGAACGGUCGGAAUGCAUUCAGCACUGUCGUGGGUGCUGUGACUGGUGGUGCACCACUGGGUCACGAUGUUGUGGUGCAGGUUUACCGCAGGGCAGGAUUCCGGGUGAGGUUAGGGUACGGAUUAUCAGAAACAUGCAGCACAUCGUUACAGCGGGGAUUGGCGGAAGACGAAAUGCACGCGCACAAGGGCGAUACCGGUCUUCCUCAUUGGGGAGUCGAGAUUAUGAUCGCUGCUAGUGCUGCAGAAGAUGCUAACCAGAGCUCCCACGAAAUAACGACGAAGGCGGCUCCUACCGGUACUCCUGGCGAGAUUCUCGUUCGCUGCCCCAGCCUAAUGAGUGCUUAUCUGCCUGCGGGGGGUCUCAUGGCAGGUACCAAAUCAACGCCCGACAUGUCAGUGACUUUGGAUGCACUAACUCCAGAUGGGUGGUUCCGCACUGGCGAUGUGGGCAUUCUCGAUGCGAAAGGCCAUUUGUUCAUCACCGACCGUCUCAAGGAGCUGAUAAAGGUUCGCGCUUUCCAAGUCGCUCCGGCUGAGCUCGAAGCGGUCUUAUGCAGCAGUGAGUCUGUCGCCGAUGCUGGUGUUGUCGGUAUAUACGAUGAAUCAGAGGCCACAGAAUGGCCCCGUGCGUUUGUGGUUGCGGCUGGCGCAGAUUCAACGACAAGCAAGUCAAGGGAAGAGCUCGAGACUCUGGCACAGGAAUUGCGAACGCACGUAGAAGCCCGGACGGCCAAGUAUAAGUGGUUACGAGGCGGGAUCGUGUUCGUUGACCAAGUUCCGAAGUCACCUAGCGGUAAGAUCUUGCGUCGUGUCUUGAAAGAAGGACACGUGAAGGGGGUCGAGGUGACCAUAUACGAGAGGAAGAGAAGGGAUGUCAAGUUGUGA